CGAUGAACAUAUGUUGUUUACGUCGCUGUUUGACUGGUGAAGAUUUUGUUUCCGUGAUAUGAGUUAAACAGGAGGACUGAUUCUUAACUCCUGGCGUGUGGUGAUAUGAACAUGAUCAACAAGACGUUACUGAUCUGUCUGUUGGUCGUCGUACUUAAAGUAUCCCCUCUUUCGUCCAGUAAGUCGGCCGCCAUUCACAGCGAGGUCAACGACAUAUGGACCAAGUACGGAGAGGUCAAGGCCGGAUUGGACGCUUUACAGACGCAGGUGACACCAAGGAAGACGCAGAUUCAGAACAUCGAGAUGUCAAUGAGUGGACUUGAACAAUCAAUAUCUUCCAUUCAACAAGAUAUUUCUCGGCUUAAGGCUUCAGUAAGACGAAUUAAAAGGAAGAGUUCUACAUUGGGCUGACAACCAAGCAUGGAUACUUUGGGUGUGAAAAACUUUAGCAAAAAAUAUAUAAGAAUUUGUCGCAGAAACAUAGUUGUUGGUUCUAAUCCUGUUUGUGUGUUAGGGCUUUGACGACCUCCCAACAGUUGAGGCCAAGUAAAGACAUGUACGUAGGAGAUACCGCCGUAAGGAAAGAGUAGAUGAGUGAGAAAAGAAAGAUAAAGAACCCAGGUGUUGAAAAAGGGGCAGCAGAUACAUUUUGGCUUCUUCGAUGUCUCCUUCACCAUUUUUAUUAUUGUUUUUGACUUAAAAAUUAAUUUAAAGUUAUAUCUAUUUUACAAUGUGAAUAGUGUAGUUUCUUACAACGUAACACUUGGAGUAGGGGAAGUAACUCCGAUCAGUGGCAAAGCCAGUAGAUUCGUUGGGCGGGAAAUAAGUAACUAGUAUAUCUUGUGAUUCAAUUUGAUCAGUCUUAAAUAAACAAUAUUAAUGUUUGUACUAAUAUGCACAAUUAAAAACGAAUGAUAGGCACA